AUGCAGUUUAACGUCAUUGUCGCACUUUUGGCCAUUGGAGCGCCCCUGGCCUAUACUGCACCCAUAGUUGGUCAGGAUAACGAGGCAAUUCCAUUCUACGAAAAGCGUACCGACAACAGUGAAGCUAUCCCAUUCUACCCAAAACGGGAGGAAAAUAGCGAGGCUAUCCCGUUCUACCCAAAACGAGAGGACAAUAGCGAGGCUAUACCAUUUUACCCAAAACGCGAGGAAAAUAGCGAGGCUAUCCCAUUCUACCCAAAGCGGGAGGACAAUAGUGAGGCUAUCCCAUUCUACCCAAAACGGGAGGAAAAUAGCGAGGCUAUCCCAUUCUACCCAAAACGAGAGGCAAAUAACGAGGCUAUACCAUUCUACCCAAAACGAGAGGACAAUAGUGAGGCAAUUCCUUUCUACCCAAAGCGGGACGAAAAUAACGAGGCGAUACCAUUCUACCCCAAACGGGAGGAACAUAGCGAGGCUAUUCCUUUCUAUGAAAAGCGGGCCGAGGAGAGUGAGGCCAUCCCCUUCUAUGAGUAG